AUGUGUGGGCUGCGACUAAAACAUGCCUCUACUGUGUGUUCCAAAACUUCCUUUCUAGAACUAUGGGAUUUCUUCUGGAGCGAUGAAUGCAAAUUUCUCUUAGAAAGAUUGAAGAAUGAAGGCGAAAAUGGAGCAAUGAAUUCCACAUCCUGGACUGAGUUUGUUCUCCUGGGGUUUCUGAGCCAAACAAAGAUAGCCACCUAUGCUUUUGCUGCAAUCUUCCUUAUGUUUGUUAUUGCUUUAGUGGGAAAUGGUCUCCUCCUGCUGGUAAUUCAGCUAGACUCAGCUCUUCAGACCCCAAUGUACUUUUUCCUCAGCCAGCUGUCCUUCAUGGAUAUGUGCCAAGUCCUCGUUAUUGUCCCUCAAACAACAGUAGGCUUUGUAACACAGAAAAAAACUAUCACACUUUUUCAAUGUGCUGCUCAGGUAUUUCUCAUGCUCAACAUAGGAGGAGCAGAAUGUCUCCUUCUAGCUAUCAUGUCCUAUGAUCGAUAUGUGGCCAUCUGCAGGCCCCUGCAAUAUCCUGUUCUCAUGAGGAAGACCAUCUGCUUAUUCAUGUCAGCAGGUGCCUGGGUUACAACUUUUCUGUAUGCCUUGAUAAGAGCCAUUUAUUUACUACUUCUGUCCUACUGUGGGACAAACACGAUGAACCAUUUCAUGUGUGAAUUUCCCAUUGUGGUCAAGUUGUCGUGUUCAGAUACAUCCUUCUUUGAAAAGGUGUCCCUAUUCUUUGGUGGCAAUUUAUUCCUUCUUUUUCCCUUUUCAGUCAUUGUGGCCUCCUAUAUAUCCAUCCUUUUGCAGAUCAUGAAGGUACAGCGUUUGGGUGAAAGAAGCAACAAAGCUCUUGUUACCUGCUUGCCCCACCUGUGUGUGGUAACCAUCUUCUAUGGAUCAGCCAUAUUGAGACACAUAAAACCGCUAUCCUCUUACCCAGGAGAACAAGUGCAGAUUUUUUCUGCAUUGUGUACGAUUGCCACAUCCACAGUGAAUCCUUUCAUAUAUAGCCUGAGGAACCGGGAUGUGCUAUCGGCAUUAGGGAAGCUGUUUAAGAAACUGAAGGUACCAAAAUGA